CUCCGAGGAGUCUCCCUUUUUGAGCCAUUUUGGAAUCUUCAGUCAUAAUGUCAGGAAUCGGCGGCAAAGGCGGCAAGGGAGGUAAAGGUGGCAAGGGCGUCACGUCCAAGCGAGCACCACAGUCGCGAUCGCAACGUGCUGGGCUCCAAUUCCCGGUGGGGCGUAUUCAUCGCUUUCUGAAAAAGCGUGUGGCCAACAAUCAACGCGUCGGCGCUACGGCAGCCGUGUACGCGGCCGCCAUCAUGGAAUACCUGACUGCCGAGGUGUUAGAGCUGGCGGGCAAUGCAUCGAAGGACCUCAAGGUGAAGCGCAUCACGCCUCGCCAUCUGCAGCUUGCUAUUCGCGGAGACGAGGAGCUAGACACGCUGAUUAAGGCCACGAUCGCUGGCGGUGGCGUCAUCCCGCACAUCCACAAGAAUCUCAUCAACAAACAGAACAAGAAACGGAUGCCUCUUUAGAGGCACGCAGAGACCCCUUCUCUCCAGCAACGUAGUUACCACUCGGCUUCCCCUUUUCAGCGAUCGCAUUACACUCUUGGCGACGCGUAUAUAACUAAAUAUGAGUUUUUGUCAGCUCCCCCCACGCAUGCUC